AUGAAUCACAUUGCUGGCUGCAUUUCUGGGACUGAUCAGGGUGCAUCAUCAAGGCCUUUCUCGCCAGCAUUUCAGAUGGUUUCCGUUUCUACGCCGCUGGCGGCUCUACCAGAAGAAAAAUCGACCUCUAGAAAGAUGCAGCAGGACGGACAGGGCAAAUAUCAGCUCUUCCCUAAGGGAAGGCAAUCGCCUUGCUUUAAUAACAAUACAUCGGUGGACCCCGAGACCGCCUUUGCUCUCGCCAUGAACAAGACGUCCGAACGCAACGACAGAUCAGGUGCUACGACUCCGACACUGAAAGUCAAAGCGAGCCUGCCGAAUCUUGUCCGACGUCGAAAAGCCACCAUCCCGGAUCUUGGUCCGAUGACAACGGUCCAAGAGGUUGCCAUGGACUCUCCGACAAUACCGGGUCGGCCACCGGUGCGAGAACGAUCCAUUAGCGCUCCUGAGGACGGACCCAAACAGAAUAUGGCUCCGCCACAGGUGUUCAACUUGACGCAUGGCAGAGCGAUAUAUGCACCUCCGAAGCAGAUUGAAGUGAAGAGACGACCCAAGAACUCUCAGCCUCCCCGUCUACCCUCGCCGAAACGACUGGCACCCCUGGUUAUCCCCGAGCCGGACACGCAGACUUUUGUGCGGGAAGUCAAGCGUAGCGCUUCACAUACGCAUCUCAGAGCUGAUAGCACACCACCACUGAACACAGGGGUUCACCAGUAUCUGAGCCCUCUUAGUUCCACGUCCGAUAAUAGCGAUCACCUCAGUUCAGGGAGCACGGAAGCUACAUCAGCCACAACACUGCCGACUCCUGCUUCGGCUCCAAUUAUGGAGAAAAAGCCAGCAAUUAAACAGUGGGAACCUCGAUGCCGUACACCAUUGAGCGCUACCCCAGCCGAAGGGGGCUCAUACAACCAUGGCCAUAGACGAAUUGCUUCCGAAUCGCACAGCAUCAUGCAUAGAGGCAGGCCAAGGAAACGAACCGAAUCGCACCAAAAGAGUGACUCCCACUCCCAACCUAGCUGCGGCGAAAAGAAGCGAUCCAAGAGUGCCGAACAGCGCGCAUUUGAGGAGCUUCCUCAGGGCAUUAGACCGGUCAAAGCUGCUGCUCAAAUGAGCGCCAACGAUCUGGCUAUUCUUCACCAACAAGCUCUUGGCCAAGUCGAGAGGUUUGAGGUGCUACAGAUUGAAGAUGUCGAAAGCUUAUCCAGAGAACUUCACCGGCUAGAUCAAAGAGCAGAAUACCUUCGACGCACUUAUAACUCUUUGCGGGCUGGCCGACGUAGUCUGCACGCUCGAAUCUGUCAAUAUCUUCGAUCCCCACAUAGAGGAGCCCGAUUCAGCCCCGAGCCGCUGCUUAGGCAAGAAGAAGCACUGGCAGAGCUCGAUGCUUCGAUUGAUGAAUGGGUCGAUAAGCUGGAGAGAGCUGAGAACAGACGUACUCGCGUUCGGCAGAAGCUCCUUGAGCACAUCGCCGCAGCCGCAACACUUUCUGUUGGUCGGGAGACACCAUCACCAGUGCAACUACCCGUUAUUCAGGAUAUCGCCACGCCUCCUCGAAGCCCAGUCAAGACCACCUUCACUAACCGCCCCGAAAGUACCUCGCCGCCGCCCAUGCGCGUGGUGGCUCAAGUACCAAGCAUGAUUUUCGAGCUGCCAGCCGUUGAGGAGGCUGAAGAGGAAGACAAGGACAAGGACAGCCUCACUCGAACAGCUACUGUGAAGAGCUCUGCUGGAGAAAGUAUCCGCAUCUACGCUGGUGAUGAGCUCUUUGCUCUAUUGACCGACGUGGAAGAUGAGAUCUACAAGAUGAACAAUGCCAUGCCGGAGCCUGAUGCAGAUCAGCCUGGAUCUCUACUACAGCCUGUGGUUGAGCAACAGAGGAGCAACGUGAGGCGUAGUGCCCAACCAGAUUCCCCAACCCUUGCUCCCUCGCCAAUGUUACAAUUCUUCAACCCAGCCGCUACCUCGAAAUUCUCUGUCAUGUCUGCUGCUCCUUCUCCGCUCGCACCAGUCCCUCCUCUGAAAGACCUGCCACCGAAGGAAACGGAAAUUUUCCUAACGAGUGCCGUCUUCAAACCAACAUAA